GAUAUUUCCCACCUCAAGUUGGUGAUGACAAUUUCAAAGAGUGAUUUGAGCUUGGCAAGACCCCCAGUAAACCUCUGGCUCCUGUCCCAAGCGUGGAGUUCAACCUCGCAGAACCAAACGUCUUUCCUUCCUCCAAGCCGACCUCCAAGUUUGGCUGUGAGACCCUACACACCGAGCUUCAAGAACUCUCGGCCCGCCUUCUCCGCCUACUUGCCCUUUCCCUUGGGGAAAGCUUCUUCAUUCUUUGAUCACUAUCCCACCGACUCGCUCAGCACUUUGAGACUGCUGCACUACCCACCGCCCCCCGCCUCUCGUCAACAAGAAUUGAUCUGUACACCCCGCACUGAUUCCGAUAUUCUCACUCUUCUUCACCAAGAUGAGACUGGUGGGCUCGAAGUUAGAGACAGCACCGGCGGAUGGAUCCCAGAACCUCAUGUUCCUGACAGUGACGCCUGUCAAUAUUGGUGACUUGAUGGCGAAGCUUAGUGGGAACAGAUGGGUAGCCACUUUCCUCAGAGUCAGAUCCUCGAAAAAUUGGGUGCCGCACCAAAGGGGGGAUACUUGGUUAUAUUCUUCUUUGAGCCCGGAUUGAAUUGUGUGGUGAAGAGUCUUGACGGUGGUAAGGUUGUCUAUGGUGAGCAUGUGCUGGAGAAGAUGAAGGGAUGGGUUGAGUUUAGGGAUGUUGACGAAAUACCUGGUAUGAUGAACGCUAAGAGAAUGGAGGUGGAGGUGUAUUGAUUGAAGCACCCGGUCCAAGGCUCUAGAGACUUGACGAUACCUCUUGGCGAUCUCCUCUCGGAAGGCACAAUUACUGUGCAACCUUUGAGGGUGCACGAUCUCAAGUUGUGAGUUGCCCCUUGCGUUGCUCACCUAACGAUGUGUUAUCGAUCGAUGCGGUAUCAAUUCGCCCUUCAUUUAUAAUCAAACGCG